CUCUAAAUCCAUCUCUCUCUGGUCUCCGCUUGCCACAGCGCUGGAAUGGUUACCCACUGAGCAUCAGCAAAGAGGAGCGAAUGAACCGAAGCAAAAGAGAAGAGGAGAGAGAAGGCACAAGAGGACAAUAACAUGGGAAAGAAUUGUAGACAUGAGGUAGGAAGAGGAGCUGACAACUAUAUUAUGAGUGUGAAGUGAAAAGGAGAACAAAAUGAUGGAAAAGGAGAGUGUGUGAAUGCAAGGUAAAGAGUGGCAGAGAGGGGAUUAAAGAGCUGGAAUGCACUGACACCGGAGACCUGAGUUUCUGUUUGCAUUUGGCACAGCACAUCCUGUCACUCCACAGGUUUAUCCACAUAUACACCAGUCAGCACAUACACACACUGUUUGCUUUGGAGGAUGAUCCCAGGAGGCCACACCAGAAGAAGAGAACACCUUCCCAGGAGCUAUUAACCCUCCACCCCUUCACCCUCAGCUCGCCUUCCACCAAGCUUCCCAAAAGUGCCCUCCCUUCUUCCCUCCCUCUGUCCCUCUCAGCCUACCUGUGCCAGUCACAACACGCUGGAGCUGGAGAGUCACCGAGUCACACUCACUCAGCGCUGAGAAACCCUGAAUUACCAACAGCUGCACUCACACUGGCUGAGAAAGACUGACCUGCAAGAAUGUCCAAAACCUCCAGGCUGGCCCGGCCCCCCUCGAUAGGGGCCGGAUCCAAGCUGCCCUCUGCCAAGAAGGAAUGCCCUGGCAUGGUCACUGCCUCCACUGAAGACCGUGUGGGGGAGAAGCUGAUGAAGGCGGGUAGCAACAGACAGAAGUCAUUAGCAACAGAUGAGCCACAGGAGAAAUCACAGAGUGAGACUCAGGCCCCAGGCCAGACCCUGGAUGUAAGGGGCCAAAAUAUGGAGCUGGUCCCUCCAAAGAGCAGGAUCAGCCCACUUAAAGCCUCAAGUCACAAACAAACCAAAAGCAACCUGAAGGUAACCUCCUCACAGGACGCCGAGCACAUAGGCCGCAAACAGGCAUCCCCAAAUGGGACACCCCCUUCUAGAGACACCAAAGGCAACCGAACCGUCCCUCGAAGGCACACGUUAGGUGGAGCCCGCGGUUCUCGAGAGAUCCUGGCUAUGCAGCCGUCAGACAUGGACAAGAAGAGGGAGGCCUUCCUGGAGCACCUGAAGCAAAAAUACCCCCACCACGCUUCCGCGAUCAUGGGCCACCAGGAACGACUGCGAGAGCAGAGCAGAAGCCCAAAGCACAGCCCCAACCUCCAGCACAGCAUCGGCGACCAGGUUGACCACCUAUCCCUGGCCUCCCUGGAGUCGUUGGAUGCUAUGUCCGAGACUGAAGCACCAGCGGCUUUUACCCGCGGCAGCCGGGUUCGUGCCAGCCUGCCAGUGGUGAGAUCAUCUAACCAGACAAAGGACCGUUCACUAGGUGUUCUGUACCUGCAGUACGGGGACGAGACCAAACAGAUUCGCAUGCCCAAUGAGAUCACCGGCAUCGACACUGUCAGAGCUCUGUUUGUUGGUGCCUUCCCACAGCAGCUUACCAUGAAAAUGUUGGAGUCACCCAGCGUCGCUGUUUAUGUCAAAGAUGAUAUGAGGAAUAUGUACUAUGAGCUCACAGAUGUCAGGAACAUCACAGACCACUCCUGCCUAAAGGUCUACCACAAAGACCCAGCACAGGCUUUUAGCCAUGGGCCAAGACCUGCCAACAGUGAUGUCAGGAUGCACAAUGAGAUGGUGCAAGCUAGUCGCAAUGGACAGCCCCCACUAAGGCAGCCCCCCAUGGUUCCCCCAACACACCAUCCAAUACAGGGAGCGCUCUCGCCAUCUACCCAGUCCAUGCCCUCAUCACCAUCUAGAAUCCCGUAUGGUUCACGGCAGGGUUCGCUACCUAGCAGCGCCACUAUGCCAAGGGAGCGAAUAUCGACUGCCAACCCUCCAGCACGCUCCAUCUCACCCUGUCCUAGCGCUAUCCUGGAGAGACGGGAUGUGAAGCCAGAUGAGGACACGGUGGGGAAGAGUCACAGUCUAGCUAGGGGAAAUGAGGGGUUGUAUGCAGAUCCAUAUCUGAUCCAGGAGACACGACUGAGCAUGGCUUCUGCCCAUGGACCACACCCCAGCCUUGGACUUGAUGGUCCUGAACAUGUCUUGGGGGGAUUUCAUCGUGCCUCUAUCCGCUCCGCAAGUUCCUAUGGUGGGCCCAGCCCCACAGACACAAUGGAUCACGCAUCUCUGUACAGGCAGAAGACCAGAAACAGCCAACUGCCUACUUUGGGCUCCAAGACUCCUCCCCCGUCCCCUCACCGGAUGACUGAGGUACGGAUAAUUGACAUCCAUGGCAUUCCACCCCAGGGUGUUCCCAUAGAAAGAAGCUCACCUGUACGCCAGUCCUUCAGGAAGGAGGAAAUGACAGGGACCAAACCUCGGAACAACAUGGGAUCACCUGUGAUUCCAGACCUCCAGGGACCCAUUCCACCUGCUGGUGACCAGACACGAGAGCGAAUGAAAGCAAUGGAGCAACAGAUUGCCAGCUUGACUGGUCUUGUUCAGCAUGCACUUUUAAAAGCUCCAAACACUAGUGGCGCCAAGGAGCCUCUAAGUGAGAGACCACCGAAGACAUCAUCUCCAGCCCACAGUGCACAUACCUCAGGUGGUUCCCCAGUCUUGGCUCCCAAGAGCAGUGCAGCCCCUUCAGAAAAAGGCUCAGUUCCUCUCAAAGUCAACCUCCUGCAGUUCAGGAAAAAUGUUUCUGACCUCAGGAUGCAGCUCCAUCAGAUGAGACAACUGCAGCUCCAAAACCAGGAGGCAUUACGGAUUCAGCUGGAGCGGGCAGAGCAGGAAAUCAGUGUUAAACUCGGAGAGGCCAUGCGGCGUCUGGAGGACCCAGUCCAGAGGCAGAGAACUGUGGUAGAAGAAGACAGGAACAAGUACUUGGUUCUGGAGGAGUUUGUCCUUCAACAGCUCAGCGAGCUGGAGCAGUAUGUAGGCUCUCUGCAGAAGGACUCGGCAGCGACACACAGAGUGGUGACCCUGAAGGAUGUGGAAGAGGGAGCAGUGACACUGAGGAAAGUGGGAGAAUCUCUGGCAGGGCUCAAAGGUGAGUUCCCAAACCUACAAACCAGGAUGCGGGCUGUCCUCAGGGUGGAGGUGGAAGCCGUCAAGUUUUUGAAGGAGGAGCCCCAUAAACUGGACAGCAUGCUGAAACGAGUCAAGAGCCUGACUGACACUCUCAGCAGUCUGAGAAGAUGUGCUACUGAGGGUCCUCAGAAAGGGCCUGAUCCUUGUGCUUAUGUCCCAGUGGAUGGCCCUUCAUCAGAGGCCCUUGCAGAAGCUCCCCUAGCAUCAGUGCAGCUUGGCUCCACCUCAGGCCAACUAGAGCCUCAGAGCUCUACCAUCAGAUCAGAGGUGAUGCCUUCCUCCCCAGUGGUCAUCCAUCACAUCCAGAGCUUCCCAGUCCACAUUCAGCAGUCCCAGCAGUCUGCCGCCUUGACUGCUCAGCCCAGUCCCCCACUCACUCCCAGCCCAACACAGGUUCCCAGUCCCAAACCAACUAAGCGUCAAGACCAAGAGUCUCUCAAUACGGGUGCCUCAGAUCCACCAGGUCCCAUCUGUCAUAAAAAGGCCCAUGAGAACCCAGUGAAUAAUAUCAACAGCUCAACAAACCAGAAUCUUGUCAUAGAGGAGCUGCAGAGCAGUCAGGACAAAAGCAAACAGAGAGCCAUGUCCAUAGAGGCAGUAGAGAAGGAGUGGCAAGAGAGGAGGCAAAACAUGGAUCAUUACGAUGGAAAAGAGUUUGAGAAGAUCCUCCAAGAGGCCCAGGCUAACAUGAUGAAGGGCAUUCCCUGUCUAGAGAUAGAAGAGAGCCCAGCACUGCCACCUGCUGCCAGUGUAGAGCAAGCCAAUCUUGUGGAGUCUCCUUCAGAAGAGUCCCAGUCUGAGCUCCAUGCAGACAAACCAGUCAUCAAGGGGCCUGAGAAACUUCCUCAGCCUGUGGUGGAGAAACCAACCAAAUCCUCCAAGACUGCCAUCAAGCCAGUGCCCAUUGACACUGUUACCAAGCAGAUGUUUGAAAAGCCCAUUAAGUCCCCUCCACCACCACCACCACCGAGGAAAACCUAUUCCACCUCAGGUUCAGGCAUAACUACUACACGCUCUGGUGAAGUGGUCUACACCAGCAGGAAGGAGUCUGUCUCAGCUCAGGUCAGUCUGGAUGGUGAAGAGGAGGUCCCACCUUCCACUCCCCAGGCCAAAUCGUCCAAGAUUCCACCAGAGAUCAAGCCAAAGCCUGCCACUCCUCCCCCUGUUACGGCUUGUGUCACCAGAGAAGAAGAGGACGAAGGCGACAAGAUUAUGGCAGAGCUCCAGGUUUUCCAGAAGUGCACAGUUAAAGAUGUAGGGGUGAAAAAUUUGGUAGAGCCCACCACUCGAAUUGAACCACAAAUCAGAGAAUUAAGACCAGGGGCCAUAUUGCCCCUCAAAGAGAAAAAGCAGAGCUCAGAGCCCUGUCAAGAGGAUAAAGAUCCAGACACAGAUGAAAACGGGAAUACUACUGUGCGACAGAGCCAAGGGGUCAUAUACUAUGUGACUGGCCAGAUUCACAAAGACCAUCCAUCCCUGUCAGGAAGAGAGGAAAUCCCAGAACACAGGGAACCCACACAGUCUCCAACACAGGUGUCAAAUGUCAAUCUUAAUGAGAAUUCUCCAAGCCAGGAAAACCAGCAACCGCCACAGUCUCCAUCACCCAAAUCACCCACACUCGCAACACCUCCGCCGAUAUCACCUAAGCCUGUGGGACUGAAUGGAUUCAAACUGCCAAAGAAGCAAAUGAAACGUUCCGAGUCCCUGAAGAGCAGUGCAGAAAUGGAGAAGAGAAAAUUCCUCAACAAAAUUAACUUAGAAAAGAAAACUAAAAUCAUCCAGGAGCAUGGUUCUUCUUCCAGUAAGAACAAAAUACCCGGGCCUAUAACAACCACAAUAACUAGUACCAUCAGAGAGGCACCAACAAGUUUUGUUGCACCACCUAAAAAGGCUUCUAGUGAGGACAGUGAUCCACAUAAAGCUAUCUCUGAGGAGGAUGAUGAGGGGGGGGCUAGUCUUAGUCCUGACUUACCUGGAGAGGAGCCACCUCCACCUCCAGACAACAUAGCUUUUAUGAUCACUAACACCAAGGUUCAGGCCCUGUCUUGUGGUGAGUACCGAGAACUGGUCAAUGCUAAGAAGGGAAGUGUCCAGACAGUCACUGUAGGUGGUGCCGCAAACCAAGGGAGCAACCCAGCGGGUUCCAUGGGGCCACUGGAUAAUGACUUCAACAAGAAGCCCGUUAUCAUCAUUUUUGAUGAGCCCAUGGACAUCCGUUCUGCUUACAAACGCCUGUCCACCAUCUUUGAAUCUGAGGAAGAACUGGAGAGGAUGCUAGCUCAAGAGUGCAUUGAGGAGGAAAGUGAGGAGUCGGACACAGAGCGAAGAGCUGGAGGGACUGAGAUGGUUGAUGGCAAAAAGGUAAAUUCUUCACAGGGCACUACUGACCGUGGCAGCUUAUCCUCCUCACCUUCAUCUUCGAUAUCUGAAUUAGCAGACAGUGGAAUGAACUUGGAGUCAAACGGAGAUGCUAAGCAGGACAGUAAGAAGAAAUUCAAGUUUAAGUUCCCUAAGAAGCAGCUGGCAGCACUGACCAAGGCGAUUCGCACAGGUACCAAAUCAGGCAAGAAGACUCUGCAGGUUGUUGUGUAUGAAGACGAGGAGGAAUCGGAUGGUACUGUCAAGCAACACAAAGAGGCAAAGAGAUUUGAGAUUGAGUGCUCAAAAUCUUUAGGAGACACUCCUAUGGAAAUGGACACACCCACUCUGAAGCAGCAAAACUCAGACUCUCUCUGCAGGACCAAUGAAAUCCGGAAGAACACCUACAAGACACUGGACAGCCUAGAGCAGACCAUCAAGCAGCUGGAGACCACUAUCAGUGAGAUGGGACCACCCUCUCUUGAGGACCCAGUCUCUACAGAGCAAGCUAAACAUGGGAAUGAUAAAAGCUCAGAAGGAGCGGGGAUAAAACGGUCUUCUUCUCUGCCUACCUCCAGAGGGUCAGCCUCUAAGGUCCCUGGCACAAAUUCCUCACAGAAGAAGACUAAACCUCAGCUCCUUCCUCGCCCCCUAAUCAUCCCUCCUACCAGCACCGCCACCACUGUCCCCAGUGCCCCAAGCAACGUACAACAGAACACCAGUGUCGCUUCCCCUACUAGUCGGAUGCCUGUCCCUUUGUCUGCGAAGUCCAGGCAGUCACCGGGUACUACUGACAAAGCAGGAAAACAGCAAAAACUGCAGGACGCUCAGAGGCAGUUCCGACAGGCUAAUGGAAGUGCUAAAAGAGUGGGAGGGGAUCAUAAAACUACUUCCCCUACCAUACCCAUCUCUAAAAUCCCUGCUUUUUAUCCUAGCUCUACUAAGGGCAGCUCUCAGUCUGCACAGAACUCAGAUGCUACUAAUCCAAUUAACCCUUCCCCCUGCUCCUCUGUGACAAAGCCCUCCAUCUUGUCCUCUUCUGCUCGUUCCAGUUCCCUACCCUCCUCCCAUAUCCCCUCCUUGUCUAACGGAUCCCUCAAACUCCCCACACACUCACAGCACACAGGUAAAGCUCUCUCGUUCUCCUCGCAGACUCAGAAUGGUCGAGUGCACUCCUCCUCCUCUUCAUUCUCCUCCUCCUCAUCCUCCUCCUCCUCCCCCUCCCCUCUGUCGCCCACACCUUUGGGCCCAGGUGGAAAGAGCAUCCGCACCAUACACACCCCCAGCUUCACCAGCUACAGGUCCCACAACGGCAGCAGUGGCAAAUCCUGUAUUCCAACAGUCACAGCAGCUAAGGACACUACUUAGCCCCAUUAUCGCCCCUCUGGCUUUGCUGCACGGCAGGUAGACUUGGUCAUGUUUGAUUUUAUAUUGUUUUAAUUUGUUGCUUUUUUUCUGUUUCUGAAAGUUUUUGUUAAAGUAUUAAGUGAUGCACUCCCCCUUAUUCAUGUUUUAUUUGACAUUGGCAUUCUCACACCGAUACUUUUAUCUCCUUUGACUUGCAUUUUUAAUCAUUUAAUCAAUUUUUAUUCAUAUUUACUUUUUAUUUACACAUCUUAAGGUGUGUUUCAGAUGUUCUGACAAGAUAGUUUGUAAUGGAUGUAAAAACUCUUUAGUUUCACCACUUUGUAAUUGAGGUGGAAGGCUCUCAUGGUGUUAUUUCUUGCUGUAAUUAUAAACACGGAAUACAGAGUUGAUGUACAAUCACAAAGUACCACUUACAAGUUUUUAAACAUUUUAUUUUUCAAACCAGAGAUUGAAAUAACCACAGUAUAUUUAGUCUUCUAAAUUUUUAUUUUGCUAGACAUUCAACGCAGCCCUUGAAAAUUCCUUUUAUGAAAUAUAUAUGUUUGCAGUUUGCAUUUAAUUUCAUGUGCCUCUUUGCCAAUGCUCUUGUACAAUAACUCACUUCAGGCCUGAUGCAGACACAAGAUUUGGGGAAGUUACCUGCACUCUCUUCAUGUGGUGGCUGAAGUGUUGACCUCAGUGUUUUACUGCUGGUCGUAAUUUGUUAAGUUAAUAUGUAUUGUUGUCUAAAUGUAAACUACUAAAAACAAAGUGAGGAAUUAGUUUUACCACAUGUACAUAAAGGCUUAUACUAAGAAAAUAAGUAGUUUAGUUAACAUACCAAAGUUUAUUUGUAUGCAUGCCUUUCAGAUACUUUGGGAGAGUGGUGCAAAAGAAUUAUGUUUGCACAGAGAGAUUUUGUAAAUAUUUGGUUUUCUCUCCUUUGUAAAGCUUUAAACCAUACUCUAAUGGAACAUUGUGGUAAAGACAAAACUGUGUUGGAGUGGCAAAAAUAAAG